AUGCUGCCCAACGAUUUUUCUCUUCCAAAGGAGCUUCAAUGGCUAGAGACGAUCGGUACCUCUGCUACGUUAACGGGCGAUGUACUGGCAGAUAAGAUCGUCGACAUUCACAGCACAACUUACUCAUCUGAAGCGAUAAAUAGCGCCCGACGGCUUUGGGCUCGGGUUGGAGCCCGCGCAACUCAUAUGGGAGAUAAGUAUAAGGACUUGCUGGACGCCAUUUAUGCGAAGCAUACGAUUGUCACCAUCUCUCUGGUAUGCUACUAUUGUAAAAGGAGCAAUCCGCGGGACUUAGUAUGUCAGGAUCUUGAGCGGUUCUUUCAAACAGUCAGUGACGUUCUUUCGCUAUCUAUCACCGAUGAGAUGCUACCGAUUUCCGACUCCCAUGUUAGGCUUCUACUUCAGCAUUUGUUGAGCAACGACGAGACCAAGUUGGCGUUUUUCGAUUUUAUAUUUGACUGUAAUACCUGUGAGGAGGGAACCACGCAAGUCACAUUUGAAAAUGCUUGCAGGGUGCUUUUGGUAUUCUUUUCUAGACACAAACUUUUGUCCAGCCUUUUAGAGUACUUUAGAAACAGUGGCACAAUGAUGGUGAGUAAGUAUCUAUGGCCAAUGAUCUUCAACUUUCUAUCAACGUAUUCCAGUGUAGAGGCUAUUUCUGACAAUUAUAAUUUCAGUUCGUCAAUCUACCCCUUAAUUAUAGAUAAGUUCUGCAAGUACAUUACUGGCAUCUCUGGAGUAGAUGGAGCAGCAAGUAGAGUAGGCCAAAGAUCAGAACUAUCUGAUAUGCCAACCAGAACUGGUUCUACUCGGCAAUGCUUGGAAGACAUAGACUCGGUGUUGUUUCAGCAACAUGAUAGUGCCAGGACAGACCUGACUCCGCAACCGGAGUCGUUGAUAAGAACCCCCACCGCUACCAAACGAGUGCAGUUUGCAGGACUCAGGGAUGACUCUCUUCUAGAGCAUCCAUCGCCUCCAAAGAUUAACAUUACUCCAUCUUCUACUAAGGUUGACGCUCCUGUCCAUGUUAUAACCCCACUCACACAGCCGAAAAAGGAUCGGCCUCCAUCAGCGCUUUCUCAAAAGCAAAUGGAGCUAGCUGCCCGUUUAGCUGCAUUUAAGGCAUCAAGCCAGCGGCGCUCAUUGGGCUCUACGAUACACGAGUCAUCUCAUAAGACAGAUAACGCUAGCAGCGGUACAUCCAAUGACGCAGACGGCUCUAAAGCUAUUGUAAAGGCAAGCGGAAGUGUCUCUCGGGAUAGAUUGGCUCGAAUCCAUUCACUAGUUACAAAUCCAUAUAAGUACCUCUCUCCUGUUGCAGAAAUAAUACUGGAAGCGAGACAAAAACUUGCAGCACGUCAAUCGACUCGGGAGCAAGAGUAUCCCAGACAGCUCCAUAGGAAUUCUGUGACAGAGACAAUGCAGUCGUCCACUGUGCCGUGCGCUGCAACACCUUCUAUUUCGUUGCAAGGUUGUAGUGCAGACAGCUUCAAUCAAACGUCAAAGCUAGCCACCUCAGCUAUAACAACGCCAUUGGUGACCGAUCACUCUGCUAGCAGCAUUGUGCCUACUCCACUACAGCACCAGAGACAGUCUCACCCAACGGUUUCUGAUAUCGCUACCAAGUAUACUGCACGGAGGAGCUCAUUCAGACCGGAUUGUAUUACUUUACAACCAGCACAGAGCGUCGCUGCACCUAGUAUAUCUCUCACUCCAUCUGUGGGAGCUUCAUCUACACAUAGCGGUGGACCUAUUACUGGUAUGCGUCAACUAUCUGCCACUGCUGCUAAGUACAUUACUACUCAGAUAAGUCAAACAAGCAAAGUUGAUCAGGAUAAAUAA